UCCAACUUCCGCGUAAACGAAACCGCUCCAAACCGUGUGAGCGUGUUAACUUUUGGGGAAAACCGAAACUAGAAGAGCCGUAAUCCCCCCCCCCCCCGCCCCCCAACCACCCAAUCACGUUAUUACGCAAUGUCUGUGGUGGUUCGUGGCGCGCGCGGCUGGGUUUUGGACGCGCACGCGCUCGUGGAUCGGGGUUAUUGUCGUUGCCGCCGACCGGGCGAAGAUGACCAGAGGUCUCACUGGACGGGUCGGUUCAAGAAGCAAUGCUUCCAGAUGCCAAAGUGUCAUUUCAGCGCCGGGGCCGAUGUGGAUGAAGGAAACACGGACAUGUUGCAUAAAGCAGACAGAGCAUCGAAGAAAAGGAAACGAAAACACUGCAGUGAGCUCAACCAGGGGGAAAUUGAUUCACGGGCCUUCCACGAGAAGAUCGGGUCAGUUGUCCUCGAGGGGACAACGUCCUUGCUAGCUUCCGCCCGGUCCCUGGGGUAUCUGACCGGCGUGACGGACGCCGUGAAAGCGCCUCUCCCCUCUCAGGAGUGCGGCCUCGCCGCCCUCUGUGACAUGGCCAGAGAUCUCCCCAUAGCGGACGACGAUGGCGACGACGACGACGACCAGCAGCGGCGGCGGGACCAGUGCGUGCAGCCGCUGGUUGGCGAAGGCGGCCGCACGUCUCACCUGGACCUGUUCUCCCGGGUGACGCAGCACGAGGCCCGCUGGGCCGCGGUGGUCCCGCUGAUGGGAGGCGAGUACGUGAUACCGCCACGCGCCGCCUUCCUGCUGUCCGAUUUCACCAGGAUGCGACCCCUGGUCCGCUAUGGAAAACGAUUUGACCUGAUAGUCAUGGAUCCGCCGUGGGAAAACAAGUCUGUGAAAAGGAGCCGCAGGUACAGCUCUUUGCCCUCGUCCCAGCUGAAACGUCUCCCGAUACCCACGCUGGCCUCCCCAAACUGCUUGGUGGUCACAUGGGUCACGAACCGGCCGAGCCACCUGCGCUUUGUGCGGGACGAGCUGUAUCCACACUGGGGGCUGGAAGUCGUGGCCGAGUGGUUCUGGGUCAAGGUGACCACAUCUGGGGAGUUUGUGUUUCCGCUGGAUUCCAAUCACAAGAAACCGUAUGAGGUGUUGGUGCUGGGCCGAUAUCGCUGCGACGCCGAAAGCUCUGCGCCGACAUCGGCGGUUCCUGUGGAGGACCAGCGUUUGAUUGUCAGCGUCCCAUCGGCCCUCCACUCCCAGAAGCCCUGUCUCUCAGAGGUGUUGAUGCCCCACGUCGGGGGCGGAGCCGAGUGCCUGGAGCUGUUCGCCCGCAGUCUCCAGCCCGGGUGGACCAGCUGGGGCAACGAGGUGCUCAAAUUUCAGCACACGAGCUUCUUCACGCUGACGCCUGACGGAGCCGAGGCCGGACCGGAGUCCAGCUCACCCGGGGGAUCCUCCCCCCACCUCGCCAACACCUGACACGUCAGUGUCGAUGACGGAAACACUUUGAUCCGACUCCUCGUGCAUGUGGGACCUUUUUUGAUUUGGGUUUUUUAGGGUGGGGGGGGGGGGGUUCGUUUUUUUCACAGCGCUGAUGAUGCAUUUGAAGAGAUGAAAGAGCAUUUCUGUGCAGCCAUGUUUUAAACUGCAUUCAGAUAAACAACACUGUUUUAUUCAUUUUUUUUUUCAGUCAUCUUUGGCACAAUAUGUGUCUUAAGGACGAUCAAAGUAUUUCUGUUUUUACUCUUUUAAUGCGGUUUUGCACUCAAAGCUGUGGAUGCCGCAUCACGUCGUAACGUUGCCAAGGACGUUCCUUGUUUCCUCCUGAAAGACGCUCUCUCCCUGUGUCACACAUCGAAACGUCGGCACGGCCAUUAACCCACCGGGCCUCCGAGGAGAGGAGAGGAGAGGAGAGGAGAGGAGAGGAGAGGAGAGGAGAGGAGAGGGGGAGGCGUGGAGCGGCACACUAAACAUCACAGCUAAUGAAGCCAGAGGGUUGUUUACACACUGACUGGUCAGCCUCUCUCUGUUUGCCCAACAGUAUUUACGUAUUUAUAUGUAUUUUUAGAUGAAAUCAAAUGUGCUUUAUGUGAUUUCCUAGAAUUAAACUUGUAAAACAACAGCGGCUCACGUUUCUGAAGCUCUGGCGGGACCAUCAUUUACUAAAUGAACAUCAUGCUGCAGAAGACUUGAGAUCAAUUGAGACCAUAAAGCCAUGUUCACAACGUCUACUCUGGUAAUAAAGGGAGAAUACAAUUGAUGCAA